UCUAAAGGAACAACUUUUAGUAAAUGAGGCAGUGAAAAAAAUGGCCCAAGGGUCAUUGAAAGGGGUUUAGGCAGAAACCCCCCUGUGCUGUGUGGGGGCCCUGGUUAUGGGGCCCUUACUUCUCUAUGUACUGCAGAGCAGAGUUCUAUGGGGAGACCCCGCUCCAGCCUGCAGAGACGGCUCCUCUCCACUGCAGAGUCCCUCCCAGGGGGAGGAGGAGGGGAGCCCCUAUGAGCAGGGUGCUUCUUGUAAAGUUUCCUGUGCUUGUUACAGGGCGGGGAGUUUGCUCACAUUUACAGACCGCGGUGACAAUGAGAGGCAGUGACAAGGACACGUUGGUGCCAGACUCAUCCUGACUGCUAGGAGGAUGGCGGGGGGAUCCCCACUCACCCCUGCUUGGCAGAGCUGGGCAUCCCUGCUGUACCCUGCAGUUAACGCUCUGUGCUGCUGCAACACCACAGCCUGCUGACUGGCACCGUGGAGCAUGCCAGGCUCCAGAGAAAGUGCCACCUCGAAAGCUGCACCCCCUCCAGACGCUGCUGCUGCCAUCAGACACAGGUACCCAGGAGCACCCCAUUAGCGUGCAGCACUGAGAUGCUCGCCAGUCCAUCUCUAUGGAUAUAACAAAAGAAAUCUACCAUCUGAACUACAGCCAUCGGGACGAGGUGUCGCCCGGCUGCGCCGCGCAGGGAUCCGGCUGGAGGAACGCGCAGGUCUUCAUGCGUCGUCGGCCCCAGGACUGCCUGAGCCUGCUGGAGAUUGCCCUGGUGUUAAAUACUAUGGGGUGCAUCCAUAGCCUAAGCUGCAAACCCAAAGUCUUCCGAGAGACUAUCGCCGUGCUGGACGUCAAAGCCUCCAUCGACUCCACCCCCACCAGCAUCGACGAGUCCUCCAGCGUCGUCCUCCGAUACAGGACCCCACAUUUCCGAGCCAGCGCCCAAGUCCUGGUGCCUCCGAUUUCUGGGAAAGACUCGUGGCGAGUGGGCUGGAUCCAGGCCUGUAACCACAUGGAGUUCUACAAUCACUACGGGGACCUGGGAAUGUCUAGUUGGGAACUUCCGGAUCUCCUGAGUGGUAAGAUCCCCGCCAUCAGUGACUCAGACGGCGUCAACUACCCCUGGUAUGGCAAUACCACCGAGACCUGCACUGUUACCGGCCCCACCAAGCGGGACACCAAGUUUACCGUCAGUAUGAAUGACAACUUCUACCCGAGCGUGACGUGGGCAGUGCCUGUCAGCGCUUCCAAUGUGCCUAUGUUGACUGGCAUCCAGAGGGACCAAAGUUUUACCACUUGGCUGGUGGCCAUCAACCUGUCCAGCGGUGACCUGGUCAUCCUGCACACCAUCAAGUGGAGGAUGAAACUGGAGAUCGAGGUCAAGCCGACCUUACCGCUGGGACAACGAGCCAAACUACAGGAACCUUUUGCACAGGAACAGCCACGAGUCCUCAACAAGAACGAGCCCGUACCUCCCAGCGCUCUUGUGAAACCAAAUGCCAACGAUGCCCAGGUGCUUAUGUGGAGGCCUAAGAACAAACCAGCCGUGGUCGUGAUACCCCCAAAGAGGCGGUGAACCCAGCAAACCAGGCAAUAGCUGCUAAGAAAAGACUUAACAACCAAAAUCCUCGCCCAAGGUCCUGCUGUUAUUUUGUGCAGUUCUCAGGGCAUCACUGUGGUAUUUUAUGCUGGUGGACCUUGGUUUGGGACACGAUGACACUGAAGGUGGUAGUUUCUGUAGACCCUCCACCAGCUUUUAUCGGGCGCCCGGUCUGCCCGCUGCACUGCUCCAUGUCAGGUUGGACGUACAGUCCAUUCUUUCCCAUGACGCAUGAAGCUCGAGACGUUCUCCGUACUUCAUUCUCGUGUGAUAUUUAUGACUUUUUCCCCCCCACAAAUGUUGUUCUCAUCGUCAAGAAGUUGCCAAAAGAUCCUCAGCUCCCUCAACCCCCUAAGAGGCACUGUUCUUGUCUGCCUUUCAUAAAGAUGGAGGACUUUGGAGUAGACCUUAGUGAAGCUGAGCUAUGGGUGGAGACCUUGAUGAACCUCAGGUAUUGGAGUAAGCUUUAGUGUAGCUAUAGUAUGAGGUGGGCUUUAUUGAAGCUAAGGUAUGAGGUGGGCUUUAUUGAAGCUGAGGUAUGAGGUGGGCUUUAUUGAAGCUGAGGUAUGAGGUGGGCUUUAUUGAAGCUGAGGUAUGAGGUGGGCUUUAUUGAAGCUGAGGUAUGAGGUGGGCUUUAUUAAAGCAGAGGUAUGAGGUGGGCUUUAUCGAAGCUGAGGUGUGAGGUUGGGUUUAUUAAAGCCGAGGUAUGAGGUGGGUUUUACUGAAGCAGAAGUAUGAGGUGGGUUUUAUUAAAGCUGAGGUAUGAGGUGGGCUUUAUUAAAGCUGAAGUAUGAGGUGGGCUUUUUUAAAGCUGAAGUAUGAGGUGGGCUUUAUUGAAGCAGAGGUAUGAGGUGGGCUUUACUGAAUCAGAGGUAUGAGGUGGGCUUUAUUAAAGCCGAGGUAUGAGGUGGGUUUUAUCAAAGCCGAGGUAUGAGGUGGGUUUUAUCAAAGCCGAGGUAUGAGGUGGGCUUUAUUGAAGCAGAGGUAUGAGGUGGGUUUUAUUAAAGCCGAGGUAUGAGGUGGGUUUUAUUAAAGCCGAGGUAUGAGGUGGGCUUUAUUGAAGCAGAGGUAUGAGGUGGGCUUUACUGAAUCAGAAGUAUGAGGUGGGCUUUAUUAAAGCCGAGGUAUGAGGUGGGUUUUAUUAAAGCCGAGGUUUGAGGUGGGUUUUAUUGAAGCUAAGGUAUGAGGUGGGCUUUAUUGAAGCAGAGGUAUGAGGUGGGCUUUAUUAAAGCAGAGGUAUGAGGUGGGCUUUAUUGAAGCUGAGGUAUGAGGUGGGCUUUAUUGAAGCUGAGGUAUGAGGUGGGCUUUAUUGAAGCUGAGGUAUGAGGUGGGCUUUAUAAAAGCUGAGGUAUGAGGUGGGCUUUAUCGAAGCUGAGGUGUGAGGUUGGGUUUAUUAAAGCCGAGGUAUGAGGUGGGUUUUACUGAAGCAGAAGUAUGAAGUGGGUUUUAUUAAAGCUGAGGUAUGAGGUGGGCUUUAUUAAAGCUGAAGUAUGAGGUGGGCUUUUUUAAAGCUGAAGUAUGAGGUGGGCUUUACUGAAUCAGAAGUAUGAGGUGGGCUUUAUUAAAGCCGAGGUAUGAGGUGGGUUUUAUCAAAGCCGAGGUAUGAGGUGGGCUUUAUCGAAGCAGAGGUAUGAGGUGGGCUUUACUGAAUCAGAAGUAUGAGGUGGGUUUUAUUAAAGCCGAGGUAUGAGGUGGGUUUUAUUAAAGCCGAGGUAUGAGGUGGGCUUUAUUGAAGCAGAGGUAUGAGGUGGGUUUUAUUAAAGCCGAGGUAUGAGGUGGGCUUUAUCGAAGCAGAGGUAUGAGGUGGGCUUUACUGAAUCAGAAGUAUGAGGUGGGUUUUAUUAAAGCCGAGGUAUGAGGUGGGUUUUAUUAAAGCCGAGGUAUGAGGUGGGCUUUAUUGAAGCAGAGGUAUGAGGUGGGCUUUACUGAAUCAGAUGUAUGAGGUGGGCUUUAUUAAAGCCGAGGUAUGAGGUGGGUUUUAUUAAAGCCGAGGUUUGAGGUGGGUUUUAUUAAAGCCGAGGUAUGAGGUGGGCUUUAUUAAAGCUGAGGUAUGAGGUAGGCUUUAUUAAAGCCGAGGUAUGAAGUGGGUUUCACUGAAGCCGAGGUAUGAGGUGGGCUUUAUUUAAGCAGAGGUAUGAGGUGGGUUUUAUUAAAGCCGAGGUAUAAGGUGGGUUUUAUUAAAGCCGAGGUAUGAGGUGGGUUUUAUUAAAGCCGAGGUAUGAGGUGGGCUUUAUUAAAGCCGAGGUAUGAGGUGGGCUUUAUUAAAGCCGAGGUAUGAGGUUUGUAGUGCGGCGCGGCUGAUGGAACGCUGUUGAUAGGCCAAUCUCAGGGGUAACAUAGAUAGCAGGGGGAUGGGCGAGCAUUGCAGGGCAUUGCUUCCAUGUCCCUUACUUGAUGCAGCUGCUUAUUUAUUUUUUGAGAAUUAUGGUACAAAUGACAACACAUGAGCCGCUGCCAUGUCAGGAGAGCCUCCCAGGGCUGCCAUCAGGGCAGUACUGGCGGUCCUGCAGUCAGGGGCCCGGACUGAUCUGUGACAUUGGCCGCCUCAUGAAUGUUCACUUCUGUGCAGUAAAUAUUAGUAAGGCGGCAUCUCCUGCUCCAGAUGGGGGGGGGCCUUCCCCAGCGCAGAGAUGUUUUACUAAAGAAACAAAUGGACAGACCUUCUGUGUAGCAGGCAGGAGACUUACCAUCACACUAUAGUCCUGCCAUUCUGAGGAGACAGUAUUAUUAUUUUGUGCUUAAGGAGCUGUUUUCUUCACAGACCUAAUAUUAAAUAAAUAGUAUAUUACUGAAAUGGAGAAAACUUAUGGCAUUUUUAUUUACAUAAAUAAUGUGUUCACAAAACUGUAGAAGUUAACAAAAUGUAUUAAUUUCCUGUAGGCAGCACAGUCACGAAUGGGUUAAAGCCCUCUAGGUACAACUAGACAGAGACAGGUUAAUAAACAGUAGUGAUCAAUAAACCAAUCGCCAUGGCCCCUAUAAACCUCAGCAGGAGGAAGGAGCCGGUGUCCUUCAGUGGUGCUGCCUGCGGACUGCAGGAAAUCACAAUUUCAGGUAAAUACGUUUUCCUGGAUGUCCUACGGCAGCACGGUCACGAAUGGGACUUAUAAGGCAGUGUAUGUUGUGAGGAUGCCCAGCUUGUGAUCCUUCAUCUAUGGCGAAGAUGGUGACCAGUGGUACGUGGCCCAGAUCAGCCCAGUGUGUGGCAGCUAAGCGGGCAGAGUGACUGAUGAAACUGGUAGCAUUUCUCAACAGAUCCCCUGAGCUGGUGGCAUUACUUGUUCUCUGGCCCUUGAUGCUGAAGAAACAGGGUCUCAGAUGUUCUGAAGGUCACUGUCCUUUCCAUAUAUAUUAAAGGGCUUGUCCCACCAUUUUACCCAGGCAGCCCCUGAUAUGAGCAUCGGAGCAUUUCAUGUGUUCCCGGUGACAUCACUGGCACUGAUGGGCGGUCUACAGC